CUCUAACCCGGGAUAACCAUUCAAAAGCAGCAGAGGGAAAGCCAGUGCCUGUGUCCAUCACAAACCAUUCAUCCCUUCAGGUUUUAGACCACCGAAACGAGCUCCAAGAUGGCCCCGAUCCGCGUCCAGUCUGUCCUGAUCAGUGAAAGUGUGGACCCACGCUGCAGGAGCAUUCUGGAGGAAAAUGGCAUCCGCGUGACGGAGAAGCACAACAUGAAGAAAGAUGAGUUGAUCGCGGAGAUAAAGGACUAUGAUGGACUUGUGGUUCGAUCUGCAACGAAGGUGACAUCUGACAUUAUCAACGCUGCUAGUAAUCUUAAAAUCAUUGGAAGAGCAGGGACCGGUGUGGACAAUGUGGAUGUAGAUGCCGCCACCAAGAAAGGCAUUAUUGUGAUGAACACACCGAGUGGAAAUACAAUCAGUGCUGCCGAGCUGACAUGUGCUCUGAUAAUGAGCCUGUCAAGACAUGUGCCUCAAGCUGUGAUGUCGAUGAAAGCAGGCAACUGGGACCGUAAGAAGUUCAUGGGUGCAGAGCUGUAUGGAAAAGUACUUGGAAUAGUUGGACUUGGAAGAAUCGGAAAGGAAGUGGCCUCAAGAAUGCAGUCAUUUGGCAUGAGGACGAUUGGUUAUGAUCCAAUCACUCCACCUGAGGUUGCAACCAGCUGGGGCGUCGAACCAAUGUCCCUGGAGCAGCUCUGGCCUCAGUGUGACUACAUCACUGUCCACACCCCCCUCAUGCCCUCAACUGUCGGUCUUCUUAAUGAUGAAACAUUUGCUAAAUGCAAGAAGGGGGUGAAGGUUGUGAACUGUGCACGAGGGGGAAUCAUUGACGAGGCAGCUCUACUCCGAGCUCUGGAGUCUGGACAAUGUGGAGGAGCAGGUCUCGAUGUCUUCAUUGAGGAACCACCAAAGGAUCGCUCCCUUGUGAACCAUCCUAACGUUGUCAGCUGUCCUCACCUGGGAGCCAGCACCAAAGAGGCACAGGCCCGUUGUGGGCAGGACAUCGCCCAGCAGAUUGUUGACAUGGUGAACGGCAAGAACCUGGUUGGAGCUGUAAAUGCCCAGGUUUUGGCCAGCACAUUCUCUCAAGAAUCUCACCAGAUGAUUGCACUUGGAAAAGCCCUGGGAGCCGUUCUGCAGUCAUGCACUUCUAGGAAUCCAUGCAACAAUCUCAGAAUUACCACUCAAGGUGAUUGCAUGAAGUCCUCCACUGGUUACAUGACCUCAGCCGUGCUGGUUGGACUCCUCAGUCAUGAGCCUGACUGUUGUCCAAACCUUAUCAAUGUCCUGAGCCUCGCCAAGGAGUCUGGAAUGACGGUGAACCAGACCCACUGUACAUCAGAAUGUACUGCCGGCGGCAUUUGUGAGGUGGAGAUCAUGGCCAACAACUGCAGCUCUAAGGCCAGUGGUUCAGUUCAAGGUGGUGUACCGGUUCUGCUGAGCCUGAGUGGUAGUGGGUUCAGACAGCCUGUCUCUCUCACUGGGAAUCUGCUGUUCUUCAAGGCCUCAGCUAAUCCUCAGCUCCUGCCUUCAGUGGCCGGACUGCUGGCCUCAGAGGGAGUGCAGAUUGAGUCUUUCAGCGCUCCUGUGGAUUCUACUGGAGAUCUGUGGUAUUGUGUGGGGGUGUCCUCCCUGCUCAGAGACCUCGGUGUCUUGAAGCCUUUGGUUAAGGAAGCAGCACAACUCGCCAUUUAGAGCAGCUACGCCCACUCACACAGCACCGAGAGAUCAGAGAGCAUCUCAAAAUGUGACAUUCCCAGGAGUGUCUAAUAUAAGUGAUCCAUCUCAGUCUUAGCACUUACAGAUAACAACUUGUUUAGAAGUUGAUCCGUUUUCAAACUGAAUUUUGAUAAAAUUCCAGUGUUUAGAUGUUUACAUAAGCUUUGUUAACUUAAUGAAACUAUCAAUGUGAUGUUCUGUUCUAAUCUAAACCCUUUUGUAAGCAGAGAUGUUAAAUAAAUGUACUCACUGUGAGAACAA